CAUGCGACAGCGUGCUCUCCAUUCCUCUCCAUUGAAAAGCCCAGUCAAGCAAGAGCCUGCUGAUCCGGUUGACAUCGACAUGGCCAUCCAGCACGGACGCCGCACGGCACCCAAUGGCAUCCACCGCAAAGGCCACUCGGACGAGUUUGAUGGCGAGGAGGUCGACAUGUCCAUGCUGGAUGACGAAGAUGAGGAGAGCGACUCUGAUGACGAUGAUGACUAUGACCAGCCCAUAGCCCCAGUUGUCCAUGUCGAAGUGCGUCUCAGUGAUGACUCGAGGGUUAUCGGGAGCGUUAUCGAGAGCAACCUUCUCCCAAUGCUGCGGCAAGCGUACGAAUGGGUGCCGCCUGCAACAUUCGUGCCCGAGAGGUACUGGGCGGACAUCCCCAUUCUAGGAAGGAACGUUGCGCAGAUUUACAUCGCUGAAUGUGAUGCUUCGGUCGAAGCGGUCACUGCGGACUUCCGAAUCCACACUUACAGAGCGUCUGACCGGCCCGUCACCCACAUCACUGGCGGAUUAGACGAGGACGAAGACGACUCGCGUACAUCUGCAGCCACUAUCUGUGAACUCCCUUCACGGCUGCACGAGGGUCUGUGGGAUAGUCUCGUAUAUCCAGACGACAUCAAAGAGAAGCUUCUCACCUACAUCCACUCGACCUCGCUCUUUGCAGAGAACGAAGUCGACUUCAACGUCAUCUCCUGGAAUCGCCUUAUCCUCUUGUAUGGGCCUCCAGGUACGGGCAAAACCUCUCUGUGUCGCGCCCUGGCACAGAAACUGUCUAUCCGCAUGUCGGAGACAUACUCGCGCGGGCAACUUGUCGAGAUCAACUCCCACUCCCUGUUUUCAAAAUGGUUCAGCGAGAGCGGCAAGCUGGUGCAGAAGCUGUUCGACGACGUGACAGACUUGGCAGAAGAUGACGAAUGCCUUGUCGUGGUCAUGAUCGACGAGGUCGAGUCACUCACGGCCGCCCGGUUAGGGGCAAUGAAUGGCAAUGAGCCUUCUGAUGCUUUGAGGGUUGUCAAUGCCCUCCUGACGCAACUAGACAAGCUCAAGUCCCGCAAGAAUGUCCUAGUCAUGACAACUUCCAAUCUCGCUGGGUCCAUCGACUCUGCCUUUGUCGACCGCGCCGAUAUCAAACAAUACGUGGGCCUCCCACCGGUUGCCGCCAUCUACUGGAUCCUUUCGUCCUGCUUGCAAGCACUUGGCGACGCCGAUCUAGCCCCAGGGGCUAAGCAUCUCCUGAAAUGGAGCGACUGCAUCUUGGCCCGCGGUGUGCUCCCACUGUCCGAGAAGAAGCGAGUGAACCGCGCAAGAGAGGCGUCGUACAAGCUCCGCGAAAUCGCAGAGCGCUGUCAUGAGCUGGAGCUGAGUGGGCGCUUCCUGCGCAAGGUGCCUGUCAUGGCACACGCUCGCUAUCUGGCUGGACGCGCAGGCGGCCGUGCAAGCCUUGACAGGUGGAUGGAGGCCCUGGGUAAAGCGGUUGAGGACGAGCGGCUGGCCCGCGAGCUCGUCAAUCAGGCUGAAGGCAAGCACUCCGUCAAAUCCAAACCCCAAGCAUAA